AGUCUGGGGCGGCUCAGUUCUGCGGUGCCAGGGAGCAGAGCAGAGCCCAGCCCCGCCCCACACACAAAUGGGACCAUGAGCUCCAGCCACAGCUUCAGCCAGAUCCCCUCUGGCUCCCUCCCUGGCACCAGAGGUGGCUGGGGCCGGCCGGGGGGCUUCCCCCGGGCUCCCAGCGUCCACGGGGGUGCAGGGGGCAUCCGCAUCUCCCUUUCCUUCACCUCCCCAAGCUGCCUGCCCCCGGGAAGGUCUUGGGGGUCUGGAAGAGGCAGCUCCCUCCUAGGUGGAAAUGGGAAGGUGACGAUGCAGAACCUCAAUGAGCGCCUGGCCUCCUACCUGGACAAGGUGCGUGCUCUGGAGGAGGCCAACGUGAAGCUCGAGAGCCGCAUCCUGAAGUGGCACCAGGAGAGAGACCCUGGCAGCAAGCAAGAUUAUUCCCAGUAUGAGGAGAACAUCAGCCGCCUGCAGGAGCAGAUAGUGGACGGCAAGCUGACCAAUGUUCAGGUGUUUCUUCUCCUUGACAACGCCAGGAUGGCAGUGGAUGACUUCAACCUCAAGUAUGAAAAUGAACACUCCUUCAAGAAAGACUUGGAAAUUGGAGUGGAGAGUCUCCGAAAGACCUUGGAUGAUCUAACCAUUGUCACAACAGACCUGGAACAGGAGGUGGAGGGGUUGAGGAAAGAGCUCAUCCUCAUGAAGAAGCACCAUGAGCAGGAAAUGGAGGGACAGCCUGUGCCAAAUGACUUCAAGGUCAACGUGAAGCUGAAUACCACCCCAGGGGAAGAUCUGAUUAAGAUCCUGGAGGACAUGAGGCAAGAAUACGAGUUUAUGAUAAAGAAGAAGCAUCGAGACUUGGAUGCUUGGUAUAAAGAGCAGGUAAAAGGAAAGUGUCCAAACUCCCCAAAGGUUCCAUGUCCAUGUGGCCCAAUGCCAACGCCUCUGCUCUUUGCUCGGUCACAGUCAGCAGCCAUUGCCCAGGAGACCGCCGGUCCAACCGCUGUGCAGACCAACCAGGGCAACAUCCAGGAGCUGAAGCGCACUUUCCAGGCCCUGGAGAUUGACCUGCAGGCGCAGCACAACAGGAAAUCUGCUUUGGAAAACAUGUUGUCGGAGACCCAGUCUCGGUACUCCUGCCAGCUCCAGGACAUGCAACGCAUCAUCUCCCACUACGAGGAGGAACUGCUGCAGCUGCGCCGUGACCUGGAGCGGCAGAACAGCGAAUACAAGGUCCUCCUGGGCAUCAAAACCCACCUCGAGAAGGAAAUCUCCACCUAUCGCCAGCUACUGGAGGGCGAGAGCCAAGGAACAACAGAGGAAUCUAAGCUGAGCGCGAGAGCUGUGGCGCCCAAGAUCAAGACCAUCACACGGGAGAGCAUCAAUGGAAGAAUAAUUUAUUCUCAAGUGAAUGAGAUCCAAAAGUAUGCAUGAGGCUAAUAAAAGUUUCUGCCUGUUGUAAAAACUAUUUUUCUGCAAUGGAGAGUCCCUUCCUUGCCCAGACACAAAUGGGUGAGUCCUAAGAGGUAUCCUUGGAGUUAUCAAACUCAACAACAUUUUUCUCUGUAACCAUCUCAUCAGACAUCCCAUAAUGAUCUUAAUAUACUGCUGUACGUUUGAAUCAGAGUAUGAGUUCAUGAGCUUAAAGCUCUACUUUCCCACUGCAAUCUUCAGAGUCCAUCAUUGUGUAUCUGUUUUAUAGCCAAUAAACCUUCAUACAGCUGCA